AUGAUUAAGACGCUGAAUCCUUACUCGACAACAGCUAAAACAGCUGAAAUUAUGUCCAGGUACCGGCCUAUAGCUCCCAAGCCUGAGAUGCCUGCAAACUCCGUAGAUAAGAACUCGGCUUUAUCUCAGAAGAUGAAUCAGUCACCUAAUCUGAGGAAUUUGUGGCCUCAGCUUCAGUCUAGGCCUACUAGAAGUAGAAAGAGAGGUAGAGCUACUUUAUCACCAACAACACUCAAGAGAGCAAGGACCCAUAUCCUAGGGCUUCCUUCACCUACUCUCUCUUUGCAAGGUUUCUCUCAUGAGAUUGAGAUACCUCAGUUUUCUUCUACACCAUCAACAAGUUUGGUCACACUUCCUCUUCUUCCAUGUUGCAUGGAACAUUUUGGAAGAGAAAAAGUGACAGAUUUGAACGAAGUGGCUGAAAUCCCAGAAGAGAAGGAUUUCUUGAAAUUGUUCCAAAGUCCACCCAUCAGAAGUCUUAUAGCUCCUCAGCCAAUUCGACCGGUAGGCUCAAGCAUCUUUGUUGGGUGCAUCAAUGAGGAACCUAGAAUGAACCCACCACCAAUGCAAGUCCCAAAGAAACCAGAGGAGAUUGAAGAUGAUAUUGAGGCCGAGGCCUUACCAGCACUCAUAUCUGAUUCAAAUAAUAAAGUCAGGCUAGCAAAUUCCUCUUACAAAGAGCUGUUGGGUCAACCAGAAUGUCCCUGGCUUGAUUCCAUGGUAAAAGGCACCGAAAGAAGAUCCAUAAGCAACUCAUCCAACAGAAUCUGUGGGGAAGUGACCCUUAAUCUAUCUGAUUCAAGGGUUCCAAUUAAUUCAAAGGGAUUCUCUUGCUGGGUGAGGAUCGAGUGGGGAAACGAAGGGAACAACAACAAAGGUUCGAUCACUAGUUUCUGUGAUGUCGUCAAAUUAUCAUGUCAGUCAAAGGAUUAUCUCUUCACAUGGAGGUUUCAUACCCACAAUAGGGAAGCAUCUCAGUCUAACUCCAAUCUUUGAAAUUAGAAAAUGUACAAAACGUUCUACUGCAAAAUGCAACCUUA